AGGAAAGAAUUGACAACGAAACAAUGACGCAACGAGUCGCAGUAUAGAACGUUUAGAGUUUGUCACGUGAUGGAAGAGCACGUAUUUGGCAUAAGUGAAAAUUGCUAGCUCUCCUUAUUUCUGCAGAAUGCAAAACGCGCGCGGUCGUUCCUAUGUGAUAUUGAGCUGAAGCAAAAUCCAACGUAAAAUUCAACGUUAUGCUGAGUGCCGGGACUCAAGCCCACUUCGUCCUAACCUUGCAGUCGAUGCCGCCAUUUGUCGUCGAGAGUAUUCUAGUCCUGGCUCUUGCUGUUAUUAUGGCGAUACCUCUUAUCCUCCAAGUUCAGAUGCUCUUUGAUGGUAUCACCAAGGCGACAGAUCCAUAUCCAGCUAUUUGUCAGAACGAUUGGAUGGAUGCUGAGUAUCGUGAUGUCGUCACGCAUUAUCCGGCAACUGCCAUCUUGGACACGAGUUCUGGCUCUAGCGUGAAUAUGAAACUGAUGCCUGCGAGAAAUGCUUGCUCCACGCCCAUGUUCAAAUCGGAGCUGAAGAACGCGGAGGACACUCGUGUCAGGAUGCCAAUACUCAAGAGUUCAUCGUCCUUUGUUAUUACGAAUUCUGUAUUGCCGGUGGUUGAUAUAUCUGCAUUUAAUUACGGCGCGUACAGGCACAAGAUGAUCGAGGCUAAUCUGAAGAAGCAAUACGGAGACUCACAGCCACCUGGUAACGUCGUUCUCAACUCUAUUCAUUUGAACUCCAUUGAUUCCAAUGGUACUGUCAGAGUGGGCGAUGCUACUGGUAGUCCCGGAUUUAUUGACUCUAACGAGGAACGUUGUGGUGGGACGACUGAACUAAGCAGGAAGGAAAUUGAAUUUUUGCAUCCCUUGGAUCAUUUUUUGAUUAAAGGUUCCAAGAAGAGUUCUACUGUGGAGAUGGCUACGGGAACUAAGGAAUUUGAAGAUGCGCUUUCGGAAUUGGUGGAUUUUGAUAAAGGGGUGGGACAGAAAAAUUAUGAGAGUUGCUUCGCCAAGACCUCCAAUGACAGGACUAAUUUGUCAUCUAAGAAUAUAAAGAUGCCUACUGAGAUACAUAAGGUAGUGUUACCUAAAUCGAAGCAUGGGUCCAAGGUAGAUUUUCAUUCUACUACAAAGACGAUAUCUAAAGUCGAUUCAAGUUUAAAACCUGGAUCUUUUAAAGAUUCUAGAAAAAGCCCCGUGAGCUUUCCAAGAAUAAACUCUGUGUCUUCCGCUGUACGAACGUCGGAAGCAAAAGAAAUUGAACGAAGUAAUGUGCAAAGUAAAAGAAGAAAAACCUUGAAGAGAACCUCCAUUCGUCCAGCUACAAGUACGGAAUCCUUAAGUCCCGUUUCUACGAAGCGUUCACCAUCAACAGAUCAAGAGGAUGGAGAAUCCUUCAAUAGAACAUCCUUUAGCUCUAGUGAGGCUGAAAGCUCCUUUCACGGAUCCACCAAGUCUCGGAGUAAAAGUGGAAAUCGCAUCCGGUUUCCUGCGAAUGAAUUUCAAGUUGGUGAACAAUUACAUGAUAGGUCAAUCGUCACAAUUGAGGAACAGAUCCAAGCUCUUGGCAUCGAUAAGACUUCUUCACUGAUCCGGAAACCAUCGAGCAUUAAGAAUCUAACGGAACGUUCAGUGGCGAGAUCGAAAUCGAAAAAAUUUAUUUUUGAAAAAUCUGGAAGUCUGGUCAGAGAUUACCAUAGCAAUCCAUCCUCCACUUCCGGGAGUCGUAGCGUGACACCUAAUUCUCGACCGAGAACAGCUAAUCCAUCGAUUACUUUCAGACCGAGAUCCUUUGAAGGUUCUAUUAAAUCGUCCUUAUCUAUUCCUGAAAGCGCUAAAGACAUUCAAGAGCCAAUAGCUAAUCGUGAGACAUCAAAGCAUACAGUAAAUCCAAUGGAUUCAGACAAAAAUUCAUUAAAAUUACAAAUUUCUAAAGAUAAUGCUGCGAGUAGAAAAUAUUCUAGAGGACGUUCUUUGGAUCCUAGUAAAAGUCGGAAAUUCUCGAAAAAAUCACCAACGCCUAGGUCAUCCGAACGGAUGUCCAAUUUGAGGAUCGAUUCGUCAAGAUCCAGACACGUUUUGUUGACAUCUUCAAGCGCCUUUACGAAUUCCACGUUAUCGAUGCAGCCGCCAGUUUUACCGUCUUCGAAUUCCUCGGCGGUAGCUACACACGUUAAAGCUAAUACACAGGAACGCGUAGUGCGAUCGCCCGAACGUAUUGGGAAGAGCGGCGACAGCGAACCCGCCGUUAAGAGCAAAACUUUGGGAAGUUAUUUGAGGAUGGCGGAGAGGCGGAGGACAUUUUUGGGAAAUUUAAAUAAAACGCCGAGUAAGAGCGAGCGGCCGAGGACUGCAGGUGCUGAAACGAUGACAGAAGCGAAAAUUGUGACGGAGGCUCUGAAGUCGGAAAAUGAUCCAGAGAAAAUGGUGACACCCGACGAGGAUCAACUGUUGAAUUUGAAGAUAAGGGGACGCGAUAAAAUUGAUAAGUCUAAUUCAAAAAUUCGAAACAAUUUUCCCCGUGUUCAAGAUCAGGGUUUCAACCCAGAGGAGUCACAAGGCAAAAGAUCGAAAAAAUUAAUGAAAAGUUCCAGUAGUUCUAUUAAUUAUAAAGAUCGCUACGUGCGAUCAAUGCUUUUGGGACACGAGAAACCAAAAAGUAUAACAAGAAAUCCAAUAAUUGUAAACCGAUCGCAAAAUCAAAGACCCAAACUCUUGGCGACAGACGGUUCUGUAGAGAUCACGUCAACCAUGUUAUCGAAUAGUUUAUCGAACUCGCAGGAAAAUCAGAAGCCAAUGACGAGUUCAGUUACAGUGGAAAACUCAAAAGAGACAGAAAUAAAAUCAAUCUCAUUUUCUGAAGACGAGUCAAAGCGAUUCAAAAAGAAAUAUCCAAAUCAACCAGAUUCGCCUGAACGGGAAGCAAAGAUUUCGAGAGUAUCGAAACCAAAGUCCACUAAAAAGCAUGAAAAAUCUCAAAGAAAGUCUAAACAGUCCGGAAUUCCCAUUCUGGCUAGCAACAAAAUAAAUUCCCCAAAUAAAUCCAAAAGAGCUAAAAAGGACCUACUGAAUCUCGAUUCCCUAAAUUCGUUAAAGGGCAGUACAAAAUCAAAAUUGCUGAUCCAAAAAAGUUUACGUAGUUACAUUAGAAGACUGAAGCACGUUCUCACCGAUCAAAGAAAGGAUCACAACGAAGAUUCGGAAAGUCUAGCCAGCCUAAGUCUGACGGACGCCAUACUGCCUGAAUUACGAUCGUCCCUGUGUUCCAGUGAAUUCGAAGAACUGGAAAGACUCCUGAAACGACUAGAAGCGUCCACGGCGACACACGUGAUCGGUCGCGAGAUUGAAGCGUGAAAAAAAAAAUUAAAGUCGAUAAAAAUAAUCCAUUUGUCCCAACGAGUAAAGGUUGUUCGUGGAUCUACGGAAUCGUAGGGGUUCGUUCGAUGUCGAAGACUUCCACGAUAAAUCACUCUGCCAGGAAGAAACGGCCAACGGAUGGAAAGUUCAGGCCGACUUUUAACGAUCCGCACGUCGGUCCGUGCCGCAUCGGUAGUGAUUUAUGGCGGUGUCAACGCUCGUCUAUUUAUUAAUAGCACGUUGUUACGUAUAAAAGAAACGUGGCAAUAAGACCCAGAUAAAGAGGAAUACGUGUUUCUAUUAUACUAAGGUCCCGAACCUUUCCGGGAUGACGACAUCCACUUAGCUCUGACUUACUUAUGCAUUUAAGCUGCCCUGUUAGGUUAGGUUGUCGUUGCUUGAACGAGUCUCGCUGGAUUGGGACUCGUCACGUUUCAUUUGGGCCAGACAGAUUGGACAGAUUAAGAAAAACGAUUUUAUUUGCUAACAACUUUCUUCUUCUUUUGGUCAACCGGACGAGGAGUUCUUGGCAUCAGUUCUAAGAAUAUGAAAAUUCAAAUACUGGUUUAAGGGACGUAAAAUGGGCCCGAAAAUUUCACCUAAGAAAUGUACGUGGUAUUAAUAUCGAGAUUGACUGAUUGUCAAAUCAAAUAUUUAUCACGAUUUACAUAGUUCACAAUUUUUUUUAUCCUCCGUCAAAAUUCAGAAUAAUGAUCAUAGAAGUAACAUUCGCCGGUUGCGGAAAGCUGAAAAAGAAAAAAAAAACUUGAUUAUCAGACGAAUCAAUUGUCAAAUAAUCGAGAUUCCCGUCCGCCAAUUUAAAUAAUCUUCUUAGAAGCUUCCCAGCAGGAUCCCCAGCAACCCAGCCUCUGAAUUCUUUUUUACUCACACAUACUGCCAUUAGAAGUAGUAUCGUCCAACUUCCGUUCAACAAGGCUCUCAUUGAAUAGAUCGUCGCAGACCCCCUCGAAGUAUAAGUAUACUCCGUCCAAAGAUUUUCAACAUUCUCAACACGACACGUUGUCGUACGACGCGAAUGAUGACUUUCACGCGACGAUUGCGACGAUUGCAAGCAUCUGGGAAAGCGAUUACCGCAACUCUCCUAUUACUAUAGGAGACGACAUUGCGUCCCACUUUACCGUUGAACUCAUGAAUUUCGGAACCUUCGGGUCGCAAGUGCCACGAGAAUCGUAGGAUAUUUAAAUUGAAGGUACUUUCUAAUGGAAGUACUUUCGAUCCUAUAAUACAACCUAUAAUAUAAUAAACACGCACUUGCGAGCGUACGAAGUCUGUCAGGUCCCACCUAUUGGGUCUUGCAUUAUUUGACCAGUUAAUAAUAGCGAUUCUAGGUUAUUAACGUACUCGAGGCCCUUAGUGCUCUGAGAAGACGAUCAUUUAAUACAGGCUACGGUCGUUGCAAUAAUUGCGGCAUUAUUCGUGUCUAUUUUUAGAGCUGAAUAGUGGACUCGUUUAAAAUCGGGUACCCUCGCCAUUUAAUGAUGCCUCCUCGUCGCGCAGUUGAAUGCUUCAAUUUGUAUGGCAUAAAAAGUAAAUUAUGGUUGGCGUUGAUAAAUAUUAGUGGGACCAGGUUUUAAUCUUUUUAUUUAAUUUUUUUGUUCC